AUUUACUACUCUGUCACUGCAUUUUUCUGUCUCCUACACUCAUUACUCUGUCUCUCUGUCUGUAUCUUCCUCCAUUGUCCCCAUUUGCAGGUGUAGCUCAGCAAGACAACAGAUGGAGUCCCCCAGGGCACAUCAAAUACUGGAUUGGCCGACCCUCUAGGGUUGGGGGUAGCCCUUGCCCCUCAGUAUGGCCAACACCACCGGAGAGCCCGAGGAGGUGAGCGGCGCAUUGUCCCUGCCGUCAGCGUCGGCUUAUGUGAAGCUGGUGCUACUGGGACUGAUCAUGUGUGUAAGCCUGGCAGGCAAUGCCAUCUUAUCCCUACUGGUGCUCAAGGAACGUGCCCUGCACAAGGCUCCUUACUACUUUCUGCUGGACCUGUGCCUAGCUGAUGGCAUACGCUCUGCCAUCUGCUUCCCCUUUGUACUGGCUUCUGUGCGCCAUGGCUCCUCAUGGACCUUCAGUGCACUCAGCUGUAAGAUUGUGGCCUUUAUGGCUGUGCUCUUUUGCUUCCAUGCGGCCUUCAUGCUGUUCUGCAUCAGCGUCACCCGCUACAUGGCCAUCGCCCACCACCGCUUCUAUGCCAAACGCAUGACACUCUGGACAUGCGCAGCUGUCAUCUGCAUGGCCUGGACCUUAUCUGUGGCCAUGGCUUUCCCACCUGUCUUUGAUGUGGGCACGUACAAGUUUAUCCGAGAGGAGGACCAGUGCAUCUUUGAGCAUCGCUACUUCAAAGCAAAUGACACAUUGGGCUUUAUGCUUAUGUUGGCUGUGCUCAUGGCAGCCACACAUGCUGUCUAUGGCAAGCUGCUACUCUUCGAGUAUCGUCACCGCAAGAUGAAGCCAGUGCAGAUGGUGCCAGCCAUCAGCCAAAACUGGACAUUCCAUGGCCCUGGGGCUACCGGCCAGGCUGCUGCCAACUGGAUUGCUGGCUUUGGCCGUGGGCCCAUGCCUCCAACUCUGCUGGGUAUCCGGCAGAAUGGGCAUGCAGCUAGCCGGCGGCUACUGGGCAUUGACGAGGUCAAGGGUGAAAAGCAGCUGGGCCGAAUGUUCUACGCGAUUACGCUGCUCUUCCUGCUCCUCUGGUCACCAUACAUCGUGGCUUGUUACUGGCGAGUGUUUGUGAAAGCCUGCGCUGUGCCCCACCGCUACCUGGCCACUGCUGUUUGGAUGAGCUUCGCCCAGGCUGCCGUCAACCCAAUCGUCUGCUUCCUGCUUAACAAGGACCUCAAGAAGUGCCUGAGGACUCAUGCCCCUUGCUGGGGCACAGGAGGUGCCCCAGCCCCCAGAGAACCCUACUGUGUCAUGUAAAGCAAGCCAGUAGGUAAUAGGCAGGGGAAAAGUCAUGAUCACCAUUCUGGGACCAACACCAAGGGAAGGGUGGGACCCAGACAGAAGCCUUCUUUUUUGAGCUUCAGCCCAGGCUCUUAAACCAUCCAUACCUGAGGCAUUUUGCCAAUACCUUCCUACUGUUGGAAACUGGGUGAGGAACUGGAAAAGGGGCAUUUCUAGUUUUGUGGGGCUUGUCCCACAGCUUCCUUCUCCACUUCCACAAUCUCCUAUUCCCAUACCCUCCCUGCCUUCCUUUCUCUCUCCCCUCUCCUAUCUUUCUAAAAUAAUGGUUCAGUAAAAAAAAGAAAAAAAAAAACAAAAAACAAAACAAAAAACAAAAAAAAAGUGAAAAUGCAGGGUUUUUAACAACAGCUGAGGAAACAGGCUUUCUUGCUUAAAUGUCCCUCCUUUUGACAUUGUCAAGAAAUGGGAAAUUUCUCCUGUAAAAUAGAUUUCCAGAGAUCAUAUUGCCCUUUGGGAUCCCAUUCCCUUCCCUUCCAAUCCUUUAGUAAGACCUGGAUGUUUAGGAAAUAUUGACUUACGGCUUCAGACAAGAGGGACCAAAUGUGAUGCUGCAUUCUUGGGAAGCAAGGAUGUUUAAAUUGCUAGUUUGUGUGCAAUGUUGUUUUUAGCAAACCUUGAUCCCUAGCCAGGUCUCCAGUCCCUCCCUACCAUGUCCAGACUUCUCAGGUGUUUCUUGAGGCUCUGUUUGAGAAGCCAAGAGCAUACAAAGAAGGGCCUCCAUGAUGUGCCCCUGCUAGAUGAAGAGCAGAAUGGGAGAUGUGCUCCUCAACCAGAAUAUACCAAACUUAGCUACAUGCACUCAAGCUUCCUCUUGGCUCCCCUAAACUUUCUUCCUAGAAAUAUAUUUCCACUUCAGUCCCCACUAAGGAUGCUGUGGGUAUAUGCUGACAGUGGAAGUCAUCCACAGAAGUAUAGGGAGAUAGUUGAACUCCCUAGAGUAGCUCGAGUGCAGACCCUGGGGUCAGAGCUAAAUUAAACCCCACCAUUGGGUUCACACUACUCUUCUGAAAAUGAAAAUUCUUUGGGAGCCUUGGUAACCAACAGUGAUACAAACUUCAAGGCACUGUGGAAUUGAGUCCAUUCCUGCUUGACCUCUUGGUGGUCCUACCAAACAUCCUUCCCAGAAGAUUUUUUCUCCCUCCAUCCUUACCUAUGCCCAAAGUGGAGCAGACUACACCCAAAUUUCACAGGUAGAAGGUCCAAAGCCUCUUUUUCCAUGGACAGAGACCACUCUGGGCUUACUUUGAAGCAGCUCUAUGGACUGGUGAGACAAAUUGAAACUCUUUGUCUAAGUUUGGGGCAGUGAUCUCUCCAUCCCCUUUCCUUCCUGUCCUAAACUCCACUUCUACCCCAAGAAAGCCCCUGAACUGAGGAAGCCUUGACCCAAAAGCAAUGAAGGGGGCACUCUAAGCAAAAGAGAUAUUGAUGACCCUGGGUGUGGAGUGGCCCUGGAAAAGCCAGCCAGAGGAGCUGGGAGGCUGGGAAUGUGUCUUUGGGGUGGGGCUAUUCUCUCAGUGAUGAUGAUAGGAAUGCCUUUCUGAGGGCUGGGAUGCAAAGACCAAGGUGGGAGGGCAAAUAGGGUAGACUCAGGAGGGUUUUCCUCCAUUUCCUUUUUCUAACUGCCUGGAUUCACCAUUGGAUUUUGUAAAUGGAAAAAGUGGAAUGAACAAUGUUAUAUUGGAUGUUUUUUCUCUCUCUUUCUCUGUGUAUUUGUGUGUG